AACAAAUAAAUUUUUUUGAAUUAUUUAAUUGAGUUGACUGGAUUACAACAAUUGAAUUCAUUCAACAAUGAAUUCAUUGUUGUUAACAGUUACCUAUAGUAUAGGUGUGCUCUUGGCUAGCGGUAUCAAAAAAUCGAACUGUUAUAAUGACUCAGUGGAGGAACGUAUUUUUAAUGGACAUACUCCGAAACCAGGGUACAAUUUCGGUGUGGUAUAUAUUGACGACUACAAUUUAGAGGAUAAACUUUACUGUGCUGGGGCACUAUUUCAUCCAUUGUUUGUUUUAACCGCAGCCCAUUGCUUGGAAGAUGGGAUAAAUCUUAGUCAACUGAAAGUUUGGGCAGGGAGCAAAUACAGGGAUCUUGGAAUACCUGUAUCCGUUUCUGAUUCAGUUCAAAAAAAUGGCUACCAAAAAUACAAGUACACAACAAACUAUGUAUUUGUGGAUUUAGCAUUGUUAGCACUUGAAAGACCAAUAGACCCUGGAUCUCACAUACAACUUUUUCGAUUACCUUAUAUGGCCCCUUUAGACGAUUUGGAUGCCUUUUAUUACAUUGCUGGAUGGGGCGAAACGCCAAUUGAUUUGGUAACAAACGAUCGUUUAUAUAUCGGAACUGUAACACUUGAAAAAUGGGAAAAUUGCAAAAAACCAUUUGGUAUUGAUCAAGCUAUUCGAGAAAAAGGGGUACUUUGUUCGAUAACCAAUGUUGGCGAGGCAGGUUUAUGCUAUGGCGAUGAUGGUGCUGUCUUAUAUAAAAAUAAUAUUGUAUAUGGUAUUGGACUUUCAAGCGUUAAAUUGACAAGUAAUCCUAACUGUAGUUGGUGUAAACAUGAUGCCAUACAUUAUAAAUGUCUUGGUGGUUAUUCGGCGUACGUGGAUAUCUUUGAAAAUCGAAAAUGGAUUCGUUCUCAAGUGAAAUUUUAUACAAAUAAUCUUCGUUUUGAUGUUGAAAAUACAGAUUAA